GAAAGGAAGCCCAUCUGUCCUCAGACCGGUGGUAAAGGAAUCACUUUSCAUCGUAGAGCGGGGCGUGUACUUACUAUUCAUAGUCCGCAAACCCGAACGCACAGGUUGCGGAUCUCAGGGAGUUUCUUAAAGUAACAACAGGUUUACCUGGGCACUUAUUAGAAAUGCGACUUGUAGAGUCUGAGGAUGAGCAAGAGCAGCUCCAGACAGAUGGGGACUCAGAGAGCGACAGCAGCCACMGCAGUCUGGACGAGGACUACGUUCCCAGGGGUCUGGGCCCCGGAUCAGGAAAGAAAGCCUUUACUGAUGAGGAGAGUUCAGCUGCUGAGUGGAAUUGUAGCCCUGCAAAGAGAAGAGCUUCAAGGAGGCAAUGUCGCUCUGCAUAUGCCUCUCCACUGUCAUCGCCCCUGACGUCUGCAUCCAAGACAUGGGAGGGAAGACGCACUUGUAGAAAGAAGGUCAACAAUGCAACUACACCCAAAAAUCGCUCCUCCUCUCGCAAUUCUCGCAAGAGACUCUUCAGUCCAGGCAGGAACACUCGGAGCAGAAAGCGCCAAAGACGACACUUGGGGCCAGACAAAGAUGGAGAUGAUGGAGACCGCUGGCGAAAUAUUGAUGAGGAAGACGCCGAGCCUCCUCAGGCACGGUUCCGACCACAGAGGGAUGUAGGUCCUCAGCUGAACAGAACAGCUAGUUACACACCACUUGAGCUGUUUCAGCUGUACUUCACUACUACGGUAAUUGAUACACUGGUAAGAAAUACUAAUACAUACGGGGAAAAGAAAUGCCAAGGCCAGAGGGAAAGCUGGGUGCCUGUUACAGCAGCAGAUAUGUAUUCUUACAUCUGCCUUGUCCUCUACAUGGGCAUUGUACCACUGAAAACUCUGAAAGAGUUCUGGAGAGGAUCUACGUUAUUCAGUCUGCCAUUUCCUGCUUCUGUCAUGCCUUGCAGACGUUUCCUAGCCAUAUCCCGCAGCCUGCAUAUGAAUGAUCCCGCUAAGGAAGCAGCUAACGACCAAAAGAAGGGAACACUGGGUUAUGACAGACUCUUUAAGAUAAAGCCACUGUAUGAGCAGAUCCUGGAAGCCUGUCACACUCACUUUCACCCACACCAGCACAUCUCUAUAGAUGAACGAAUGGUGGCGAGCAAAGCAAGGUUUGGAUUUAAGCAGUACAGCAGAAAUAAGCCAACGAAAUGGGGAUUUAAGCUCUACGUGUUGGCAGACUCAAUAUGUGGCUACACCUUGAAUUUUUUUGUUUAUGUGGGAAAAGAUGGGGAACCCACAGGGAAGGGGAUAAGCUAUGACGCUGUGAUGAGACUACUGAACAUUCCCUUUCUAGGCAAAGGCUACAAGCUCUAUGUUGACAACUUUUACACUAGUCCAGCUCUGUUUCUUGACCUUCUUAAAAGGAAAAUCUGGGCCUGUGGCACUAUUCGCUCCAACAUAGCAGGUUAUCCCAAAGAAAAGACAAACAACAUGCCGUACAAAACGCCCAGAGGAACCAUUAGGUGGAUCAGAAAAGGGGAUCUGCUGUUUGUUAAGUGGUUUGACACCAGGGAGGUAACGAUGUGCACCACUAUGCACAAAGCUUACAGCAAUGAUAUGGCAAAGCGGAAAGUGAAAAACAAAGAGGGACAGUGGACAGUUAAGCAUGUUCCCAUUCCAGGCUGUGUCAAAGAUUACAACAAGCACAUGGGGGGUGUUGACUUAUCCGAUGCACUUAUUGGUUAUUACAACGUCCUUCACAAGACACAGAGAUGGUACAAAACCUUGUUCUACCACUUUGUUGACAUAGCAACAGUAAAUGCCUUCAUCCUCCACAAAGAAAUGUGCAAAAUGCAAAAUCGACCAACAGGUACACAGAAACUCUUCAGGGAAAAACUCAUUUUGUCCCUGGCUCAGAUAGGCUCUACUCCACGCCGGGCAGGUCCACAAAACCUUAUGCUGUCCAUCUUUCCGUUUGGAAUGCCCCCUAUGCCUCCAAUGAACAUCAAACCUGGUGCAUCAACCACAGCGCCACCGUCCUCCUCUUCUGAUGCGGUGCUUGGCUCGGCUCCUUCCUGCCCUGUGGAAGUCAGCCAGAAUGCUUCCACUGGUGAGGCAGCUGUUGCAGAGUGUGAUGCCCCAGGUCUAGGGCACCUACCUGCUUACUUUUUUGAACAAAUGAGCAAUGUGGCCUCCAGAAAUCGGGCCACCGCUGGAAGGAGGUCAUGUGUGGUCUGCAAGAGAAAAUCACCUGUCUACUGCAGCACUUGUCACAAGACUCUUUGUUUCACAACUCUAAGAAACUGCUACAGUAAAUGGCACAGAAGCAACAACAUAUGUGUCUAAUAAUGAACAAAACUGACUAACAGGUACAUCUUUAUCAAUAGUUUACCCUCAUUCUUCCGUUUUUGAAAAAAACAUCCAAGGAUACCGAGCGUUACUUAGUAGUAUUGUUUAUGGUCAAGCAGCAUGCUUAAACAGUUAUAAAGAUAGCGUCCUCACACUGUACUAAUGUGAGGAAAGGAAGUAUAUGAAGCAGUGCUGAUUUUCCCCACUUACAGAAAGCAGAGAGUUGUGAUUCUUGUGUUAGAUGCAGCUCA